UGCAGAAGAGUUACAAAUAUCGACAACUUUAAAGGAAUCAAGAACAAAAAAAAGAAAAAGAUUAGAACUUUAUGAAACAGAUGAUGACGUGAUAAAUAUUUCUGCAGAACAAAACUUUCGAAUUACUAUUAUAGACUCAAUAGAUAUUCUUCUUACUCAGAUGACAUGGCGGUAUGAAAAAAUUAUGGAAAUUUCAAACGAUUUUGAAUUUCUUUCCGGUCAUUCAUUAACCAAUAUGAAUUCACACGAUUUGCAAAAAGCAGCUGCUGAUUUAGGAUUAAAAUAUAAUGAAGAUAUAAAUACUGCGGAAAUAGUUGAAGAAAUUAAAGAUUUCAAACAUGCAGCUUUAUCAAUUUUGCCAAGUAUUGAAUCAGUUACGUUUUUGGAUUUAUUACAAAUGAUUCACGAUUAUAAGCUUAAAGAAUCGUAUUUAAAUAUUGAAAUUGCUAUAAGGAUUUUUCUCUCAAUGCCCGUUACAACAGCUUCAUGUGAAAGGAGUUUCAGCAAACUUAAAUUGAUAAAAACAUACUUAAGAUCUACAAUGGCUCAAGAGAGAUUAUCAAGCAUGGCCAUACUUUCAAUAGAAACAGAAAUCGCUAGUAAAUUGGAUUACGAAGAAGUUAUUGACAAAUUUGCCGACACAAAAGCAAGGAAAAUAUCGUUAUAA